CAACUCAACCGCGGUGAACGCGUUUAAGCAGGAUUGAAUCGGAUACUCGUUGUCUUCGCACUGGUAUCGCGGCGCCAGCGUAUUGUCCCAAUCGGCAUGACUCACGGUCCGUUGACGUCGUGCCUUGGCAUGCUUCCUGCUGCUUGAUGUUUGUUCGGCACGACGCCGAAUGUUUUGCCCGGAUUUUCGCAACUGCCUCCCAGUGUGCGUGAGUCCAGCCCUGCGUCGCUGUCAGCGACGGCGCUGCCAACGUGACAGCGCAAAACGACGCAACGACGAAAACGGCGCGAGCCGAAGCGCGCGCAAACGAACGAGCGGAGAGGGAGAGAGAGCGAAAAGUCACUCCGUUUCGAGACGCGAACGAGACACGUCGCGCAGUGUAAAUAGUCUAUCAGGAAUUUGAAAGUUUUGUGAAGUAAAAGGUGUAAAAGCAAGCCCCAGUGUUUUUUAUCACUCAGAUCCGAAAAAUACAGUCCACCCGCAGAAUCCAGUUGGGGGAUUUGGCCCCAACAUUUGGUCCUUCAACCCGGAUAGACCUUGGCCUAUCGAUCAGACCACCGGAGGUCGAAUCGUCGCGAGUGUCUCGAGGAGGAAGAAUGCUCGGGAAAAAAGAAGUUCGCGAGCAGUGAUCCGGAAGACGCCGAUUCCCGGAGGGCGUUCCACGCGGCCCGGAACAGCGUUGGAAAAAACCGUGUCUGUGUGGUGAUCCAGCAGAUCGACGGUCCGGAACGCGCGUUUGGUCGAACCAGCGGCGCGUAGUGCACCGAAAGCGGUCUCAUUGGCCGCCGGAAGCAAAGUAGUGAGCCGGAAGUGGUCGUUGGCCACCGGCAGAUGAAAAUGGACGUGAACGUUGCGAGAAAGGUGGUCCCAUUGGCCAUCUGAGCAAAAGAGUGUGUGUGUGUGUGUCGGCAAAUCUGGGACGUUCGCGCCAUUUUGCCCCACAAGCAAAAACAGAGGUGUGCCGCCAUUUUGUCGACCGAAGAAAAUGUGUUCGUCGACGAGAGAUGGGCUUGCGACGCCAAUUUGGUGAAGAACAAAAGUGUGUGUGUUCGUCGGUGAGAGAUGGGCGUGCGCCGCCAUCUUGCUGCACGAAAAGUGAAAGCCUCGGCGGAUGCGGUCCCAUUGGCCAUCCCGAGCAGAACCGUGCGUGGAAGGUGGUCCCAUUGGCCACCCGAGCAGAACAGUGUGAAGUGAAAAAUUGAAAGCCUCGGCUGAUGCGGUCCCAUCGGCCGCCCCGAGCAGAAGUGUGCGUGGAAAGUGGUCCCAUUGGCCACCGUGGCGUGCAGAAAAGCCCUGACGGAGGUCCCAUUGGCCACGUCAGGCAGAAGUUCCGACGGGUGGACCCGAUGUCCACGCCGUGAAAAGGAGCUAGAAGAGUGGUCUCAUUGGCCACAAGGUGAAGUGUUGUGCGUUGCUCUGUGAGCAGGGUGACGUGCGAAAAGCCCCGAAGGACGGUCCCAUUGGCCACGUCGGGCAGGAAGUUCCGACGGGUGGAUCCGAUAUCCACGCCGUGAGAAGGAACGAAGAGUGGUCCCAUUGGCCACGAAGAAGCCCUGCGUCUGUGUGGUGAGCCAAUAGAGCAGCGUGCUGAAGAAACCGACGGUAGCGGUCCCAUCGGCCACACUGUACCCGAAGAAAAGUGAGCGCGAGGCGCAGAAAACCCGGACAGAAAGUGACAAAAGUGAUCUGCUGUGAGAGUAGCGGAAAGUGCAAGCAGUGCUGCGACGCAGACUGCAAGAUCCCGAGCAGAAGAGUGCUGGUGAGCCGGCAGCUCGAGAAAAGUGAUCCAGUGUGCCCAGCUGGAAAGAAGAAGAAGAACCAGUGCAACAGGACGCUGCCGCUGUCGUGUUGUCCUGAGCGCGGCCACAGCGGAGCAACAGAUUCCUGCGCGAAUCCAAAACAUCAGAUCCCGACAAGAUGGAGCAGAAGUCAGCGCGUUCCUUGACCAUCAAGCGAAACUUCGUCAAGGGUAAGAUUUCGCGGGUCGUGGACAGGUUGAAGGCGUUCCAGGAGAACCACCAGCUGCCUUCGUUUGCCCAGAUCCAAGUCUUCGUGUGGAACGUCGAGAAGUACUACGGCGAGUUCAACAAGGUUUGCGACGAGUUUAAGGUAAGCGACGCUGACGCUGGUGAACGUUUCAACCACGACAUCGAAUGGGCCAGAGUGGUGAGUCUGGUUCAGGAAGCCAACCUGCGGAUUGUGGCCCUGAACAACGCACUGCUGUCUCAGCCCGUGCAUGCCGCUGUUCCCGAGCAACAGCAACAACCGGUCUCGAAGGAAGAGGCCAGCCGAACUACGCUUCCCACGAACGAGGCUCGUGGCGAAGGUGAUGGUUCCGGAGCCGGCGAUGUUCCGGAUGUUGUGAACGCCAAGAGAUGCCAAGCUGACGAUCGAGACCCAGGUGCACCUGAUACCAAGGUAGGUGCCCAUUCAGAACCUAGUUCGGAUCCGCCCAUUGCGGACAGCGAGCGUGGCGAGCCGAUGUGCACGCUGUGCAACGGUUGCCGCUCGGACACCGACUGCUUCCCGGUCCGUGGAGAUCAGGUCGAGCAGUGUCAAACCCUUAAAAGGUCGAUCCCCGAUCUAAGCAGCCGGAAGAGGUUGCCCAGAGAGUCUCACGAGACUGAGACACACCUUGCAGCGCACGAGAUGCUGCCACCCGAGGAACCUGCAGUGGUUCCGCACGAGUCCUCGUCAAAUGACCGAGGUAGUGCCGAGACAAAACCCGGCCUGUGCAGCCCCCAGUGGUUGCCAGGAGAUUCUCGCGAGCCCGAGAAUCGACAAGAAGAGUCGUCCGAGGAACCGGCAGUGGUUCCGCAUGAGUCCUCGUCAGGAGAACGAGGUAGUGCCGAGUCGGACGACCCAGCAGCUGCCAGCUGCCAGCCAGCUGAGCACGUCGAAGUUGAGCCGGACGUUGACACGUGCCUGGCAGUGCAAGAAGGUGCAUUGCUGCCAACCAAACCCGACGAAGAAAACAACGAGGAAGGUGCACAAUGCGGAUGCACCGAGCCAGCAAGUUUGAGCGUCCAAGUGGAUUGGACCACGAACCAGAACGCAAUGAAGGCCAACAAGAACACCGACAUCAACGAAUACCAGCGAACGUGUACGAGCCACGAGAGCGCUACGUACCGGUGCAGCCAACGGACCGAGCUGUACUACAGGUGCUGUCGCGACAGCAUCGCACGGUCAGGAGCCGACUGUGCAGACAAACUCGGAAGGGCUGUGGAGAAAUUGCACGAUCCUGCAAUCUUCAGCAGCACCACGAAGAGACCCCGAUUGGUCUGGGACCCAGGCGUGGAGUUGAACGCAGCAGAUCGCUCCACACAACCGUAG